GAUCCAUGAAUGCAUAACCGCCUGCUGCCGAAGAUCUUGAGGAACGUUCGAUCCUCGUGCUUCCAACCACGUUAGCUUUUCAUGAGCAAAGCCGUAUAUGCUGGAUAAAGAACCGUGGAUACUCUGUUCUUUCUUGCGUUGUUCUGAAGGUCUAGACUGUCUAGCAUCGUAACCGAAUGUUGCUUCAAAGUUCAACUAGCGAAGAGGAGCAAUAUGGUAGAAGUCAGUUGUCCUACAUUAGAGGCCAUGCGCAAAAUGUGUCAAUAGCAUAGUAAAGCCAGGCGUACUUCAAUGAUUGAGGGUUGAUACAGGAAUUUUUGGUGCAGCAACUAGCUUCAAUUUCUAGUUCGGUACAAUAAGCUGCUUCGCCUGUCUAUAUCAUAAGCCCUUUUCUAAGAUCUCAAGCGGUUGCACUACCUCAUCCAAUCAUGACUCUUUCAGUGAUAUACGUGCUUCACGUCUACAUCGACUGACGGUCGAUAUAGCCGUGCAAAACGUAUGUUUCCGGCGGCUGGUGUUAUGGUUCAAACGGCCUAUCUCAACGAGAUUAUAUAGCUCUAAAAUUGCCGGCUGAGCGAGGCCGCCGCUGCCUACGCUACCCUGCUGCCGGCUGCCUGAUUGGGCAGUUGGAUCGUUGGACUUCUCGCAAAGAAGCAACUCAGUCUUGCAUGGGCUGACAGGAAACCAGCCUCACUUCGCGUUCCUCUCAACCAUCAUCACCUUCAGAGUCAAGCCAAAGGGUCCUCAAGCACAUCGCCUGGAGCAAUGUUCUACCUGCACCUCCUCUUCACGGGGGCUCUCACUCUGAUGGGGGUGAUCAACGCCCUCUUCGAAACCUCACUCAGUUUGUUCGACAAGGCUUCAUUCGAUCUCAUCUUCGAGAUCCCGGUAGUCGCCUACUUCGUCAUCCAGGAUUCCGCCGUCACUGUCACUCAGCCUCUCGACCUCACCGUUCACUCUUCCACUGAUCUUUGCGAAUGGGGAAUUCCCGGCUUGUUGUCCCUCCGUCCGGUCACUCUUCCGCCCUCCGUCGUUGGUGGUUCAGCCGAACUUCAGGUCUAUUCACCUGAAGGCUUGGGGUUAGUCAAUCUUAUGCCGCCAGCCACUACCACCUUCGCUUCGUUGGGCGACCAUCCUGAAGCGAACACCUUCUGGCUUCCAGCCCCAGCGAACAUAGACCUUACUGCCACUGAGCAGCGACAGGCCCAACCCACUAGGACGUUUACCAUUCUCAGCGGUAUCUUCCUUGCCUUCGCUACUCUCGUCUUCUACACACUGCUCGUAGUGUACUUGGCUCAAAAGGCGGUUUUGGGAGAAGUUCAGAUUGAAUUUCCAGAGGGAUUCCCGGUUCCUUUGCCCACUCAGCCCAACUUCCAUCAGGAAGUGCCAACUCUGGAUAUUGAGUCGCAGGUUGUCGAAGAACUCACGGUCAUGGAACUUGCCACGGUUAACAACACUAUCGAAGUUGACAAUCUGGACAACACAAACUUGGAUGGAUCUACCAGCGAACCCCUCAUGGAACUUCCCCUCGAAACUCCUACUGAGCUUCUCUCGGAACCCGCUGUUGAAGCCGCCGUUGAUCCCUCCGUCGAGUCCUUUGUCGAACCCAUCGCCAAAGACCAAGCAGCCAUCGAAGAUCACGCCGAACUCGCCAUAGAACUUCCCAUCGAAUCCGUUACACCUCCCACCGAAUUUUCCGUUGAAGAUUGCACGGAACCUCAUCUGGAAUCCUCUGUUGAGACUAACACCGAGUCGGUCACCUUAAGUCCUGUUGCUCUUUCUGCCGAUUUUCACGUCGAGCUUCCAAUCGAGUCGGUUUCUCCUGAUUCUCCUUCUUCGUUAGCUGUUCUAUCCUGCAGUGCAUCAUCGUCAGAGUUGUUGGUUGCGGAUGCGCCGGCGGUUCAGAUGACGGUCACAUUGGAUGAGCCUCCAACAAGUACCACGGUAUAUGGAACACUAGAUUCGUCUAGCAGUGACUCUGCCCGAGUUGUUUGCACAACGGAUGAACAAUCCGCUAAUGCUACAACGGAAAGUGGUACUGAGGAGGUGCCAACAAGUACCAUUGCUCACGGCACCCUAGAUUCGUCUAGAAGUGACGUUGCCCCGAUCGUUUGUACUACGGAUGAACAAUCCGCUAGCACAUCGACGGGGAAUGGUACCGAGGCACAGUCAAAGAAGUCGAAGAAGAAAGGUAAGCCCACUCGACGAAGCGGAACGUGGAAAAAGGUGGCGACUGCAAAGGUAAAGGCGGCUGUCAAAGUUGUCCUCUUUGAGGCUGCUGCUGUUGCUGCUGCACGAGCAGCGACGGUUGACUCCGAUGAGGUACCAGAGGUUCCGCAGGAGCUUCCCCUAGAACCCCAACUGCAAUCGGCGCAGGCGAGGAGGAGACUUUCGCGAGGGACGAUCAACACCUCCAUCCUUGGGCAUCUCCAGCCCGGGCCAUCGUCUCGCCCACGGAGGACAGGGAGGUCGUAGCGACCCGUUCACACUAUUCUCCGUCUAUCCUUUCAUUUCCAUUAUGGACACCACCCGUAGUGUACGUAGUGUAGAAGUAGUAUAGUUGGGCUCCGGUAGAGUAGUUGAUCUUCUUUCUUGCGUGUGUACCACUCUUUGGUCACCUAUCAUCCACUGACGUUCCCGUGCUUCAUGAUCCCUCCAUAUCAUAAUCGGUUUCUUAUAGACUUGUCUGUAUUUAUUUAUUUAUUGACUAUUAUCCAUUUCAUUUCAUCUCCAACUUGAACGGUUCGUGUGUAGUGGCUCCGUUUGUGGGACAUUUGAGCAAGUCGUCUAGCUUAGACUCCGAG